AACGAUUCAUUCAGAAAAAAAAAUAUCCUUGAAAGCGAGACAGUCGAGUACGGUAGUGUGAUUUGUUUUGAAUGUUCUCGAUCAAAAAAAAACCUAAACCAAACCAACCGAGUCUAUUUCCAUCGCGAACAUGGAUUUGUUGUUCUAUAUUUGCCUGCUGCAUUUUAUGGUCAAACAGCAUGAGCACUUGCCCAAACGGACGCUACAAGACUUUGAAGAUUUUCUCAAAUGAUGAUGUGUUUAACUUUCCGAGCCGACUGCCAGGAAACAUCCUGAAUCCUAUUGAGAGAUCGUAUCCAAGUUGGCCGGGAAGUAUACGAAUAAAGAUUGAAGUUUGGGAUGACGAUGGUAACACUGAUGACAAGGUUGAUUACUAUGCAAUUAAUGUAGUUGUACCCGCAGCAAGUGAUAGCAGUCUAGCUACAAUUAACACAUACAACCUGAAUGGAAGAGGCACCUCAGCUACAAAGAUAGAAUUCAAGGUCUACUGCAAUGCGGACUAUUAUACACCCAGUUGUGACGUGUACUGUCGUCCCCAGAAUGAUGAAGAAGGUCACUACUAUUGUAAUAAGGACACGGGCGAAAAGAUAUGCUACCAUGGAUACACCGGUGCCAACUGUAACUUUGAAGUUGAUGAAUGUGCAUCUGAUCCUUGCAGAAACGGUGGCACAUGUACAGAUCGGCUUUUGAGUAUCACAUGUUCCUGUCUACCGGGGUUUAUUGGAACUUUCUGUCACGUUGAUUUAAACGAAUGUGAAAGUUUACCGUGUAUGAAUGGAGCAACGUGUGAAGAUGGUGCGGGCGAAUACAUAUGCCACUGUCUUCCAGGCUACGAGGGUUUGGAUUGCCAGGAUGAUAUCAACGAGUGUGAAACAUUUCCUUGUAAAAAAGGAAACUGCACCGACCUACUCAACGACUAUUCAUGCUCUUGCGCAGCUGGUUACACUGGGAGGAAUUGCGAUGUAGAUAUAAAUGAAUGUGAUAGUGACCCUUGCUACAACAACGGCACAUGUUUGAACGGCAUUGAUGAGUUCUUGUGCGCAUGCCCACCGGGUUUUACGGAUGAUUUCUGCCAGACUGAGAUUGAUGAGUGUCUAAGCAUACCGUGUCAGAAUAUGGGCACCUGCGUAGACCGCGUAGCUGACUUUCUAUGCGAGUGCGUGCCAGGGUUCGAGGGCCACACGUGCGAAAUAGACGUAGAUGAAUGUGCAAGUGACCCAUGCUAUAGCAACAGCACCUGUAUUGAUCACGUAAACGGGUUUAAUUGCGCAUGUACUGCAGGUUAUACAGGUGUCUUAUGUGAAAAUGAUAUUAAUGAAUGUUCGAGCCUGCCCUGUAUAAAUAACGCCACAUGUCUCGAUAACAUAAACGCAUAUGAAUGCGUUUGUGUUGAUGGGUUUUACGGGAUCAAUUGUGAAAAUGAAGUCAACGAGUGUUUGAGUUCACCUUGUCUUCACGGAGGCUCUUGUGAUGAUCUCAUCAACGACUUUAAAUGCAGAUGUGUACCAGGAUAUACCGGAAUACGUUGUGAGACCGAUAUUAACGAAUGCGCAAGUGCACCAUGCGAGAACAACUCAACGUGCUCCGAUUUAGUCAACAAUUACACAUGCACGUGUGUAGCUGGGUUCAGUGGCACCAACUGCGAGGUCAACAUAGAUGAAUGUGCAAAUGAGCCUUGUUUCAAUAACGCAACUUGCGUGGAUAAUGUGGACGGUUAUAAUUGUGUAUGUAUGCCAGGAUUUGAGGGCGAUCUUUGUGAAAUCGAAUCUAAUGAAUGUGAGAGUAGCCCAUGUUUUAACAAUGCGACGUGUGUAGACUACAUUAACUUCUUCUCGUGUAUUUGUCUUGGUGGAUUCUCAGGAGACACAUGCGAGACAGAAAUCGACGAAUGUGAUAGUCAACCAUGUCAAAAUGGAGCAACAUGCUUUGAUCACAUCAAUGCGUACACAUGUAAAUGUGUACUCGGGUACGCUGGUGGGAACUGCGAGAUUGAUGUAGACGAAUGUGCUAGUCUGCCGUGUGAAAACUACGGACAGUGUAUUGAUUACGUUAACCACUUCCAGUGCAAAUGCGCACCUGGGUAUACAGGUGACGUAUGUGAAACCAAUAUCGACGAGUGUGGAAGCAUGCCUUGUUUCCAUAACAGUACUUGCAUUGAUGGUAUAGACCGUUUUAGCUGCAACUGUCUUGAAGGUUACGAAGGACACCAGUGUGAGUUUGAAAUAGAUGAAUGCUUGAAUCAACCCUGUCAAAAUAACGGCACAUGUAUUGAUAAACUAAAUCAUCACCUAUGUGUUUGCGUGCCAGGAUUCAUGGGUAGUUUAUGUGAGGUCAACGUAGACGAAUGCGAGAGUAAUCCAUGUCAGCAUGGUGCCCGGUGUUAUGACUACAUCAAUGGAUAUAGUUGUGAAUGUCGCAAUGGCUACGCAGGAGCCAACUGCGAGGUGGAUAUUGAUGAGUGCGCAAGUAGUCCAUGUGCAAAUGCUGCCACAUGUAAAGAUCUUAUUGGCAGUGUUAACUGCACAUGCACGGCAGGAUUCACUGGAAGGUUGUGUGAUAUCAAUAUCAACGAAUGCGAGAGCUCACCUUGCCAACAUGGCUCGAAGUGCCAUGAUGACAUCAACAAGUUUUCAUGCGACUGUGCAUUUGGUUAUGAGGGAGAAUUUUGUCAGAUAGACAUCAAUGAAUGCUCAAGCAACCCAUGUCAGAACAACGCAACGUGUUUAGACCACGUGAACAGAUUGGUGUGCACAUGUUCACUAGGUUAUUCAGGAUCAACCUGCCAAACGAAUAUCGAUGAAUGUUCGAGUUCCCCUUGUUUAAAUGGUGCAGUGUGUAAUGAUGUAAUAAAUGGAUACAACUGCGUGUGUCUACCAGGUUUUGAAGGUGUGAACUGCCAGGUUAACACAGAUGAGUGCGCCAACCAACCUUGUCUAAAUUCAGCAACUUGCGUCGAUCAUAUAGACAAGUUUAUUUGUGAAUGCGCACCAGGUUAUGAAGGACAGCUCUGUGAAUCUGAGAUCAAUGAAUGCCUGAGCAAUCCUUGUCAAAAUAACGCCACGUGCAACAAUGACGUUAAUCGAUUUGAGUGCAACUGCAUCUCUGGGUUUGUUGGACCGAUGUGUGAAAUUAAUGUAAAUGAAUGUAGCAGCUCACCGUGUCAGAAUGAUGGUGAGUGUAUUGAUUACAUCGAUAAAUACAAGUGCGUUUGUCGACCUUUAUAUUUUGGAGACCAUUGCGAGUUCAAGAAUAACCCAUGUCUGAAUGCCCCAUGUGGUACACACGGUGCAUGCGUUGAAGAAAAGCAUGGGUUCUACUGCCAAUGCGAUCCUGGAUUCUCUGGCAUCAGCUGUGAGAAAGAGAUAGACGAAUGUGCGAGCAGUCCAUGUCAAAACAGCGCUACUUGUAUCGAUGCUGUCAAUAGCUAUUCCUGCACCUGCUUGUUGGGAUUCAAGGGGGAAAAUUGUCAGGAAAAUAUUAAUGAUUGUUUUGAUGUGGAUUGUAAGAAUGGUGUUUGUCAAGAUGGUAUUUCAUCAUUUAGCUGUCUCUGCUUCGACGGUUUUAAUGGUGAAUUUUGUUCUCAUAAUAUCGACGAAUGCCAAUCAAAUCCAUGUUUUAAUAACGCCACAUGUGUCGAUGGAAUCGAUAGUUACCGAUGCAUCUGUGGAACUGGUUUUUAUGGAGAUCAUUGUGACUUGACAGUACCGCCAACCACACCAGCUCCCGAUUGGUGUAAUGGGAUUACUUGCCAAAAUGGAGGAGCAUGUCUACAACUUGAAUCUAGUUUCAGAUGUGAAUGCUUGAACGGCUUUUCGGGCUCUCUCUGUGAAGUCGAUGCUUGUCUACCUUCACCAUGUUUAAAUGGAGAUUGUACAAAGAUGGGUUCCAGUCCAAGCUUCAACUGUAAAUGUCAUACAGGUUUUAUUGGAACAUACUGUGAUGCUGAUUCAAGUCUACAUGCAUACACAAUGAAUUUUAAUGCAAUCGUUGUGAAUAAAACUGAUAUGGAGAACAAGAUCGAAUUGUUAUUGGACCCAACUGGAACGCAGGACAUUCGGAUAGAGAUUGUUGACAUCAUCGAGUCUAACACCUUGCGGAGAAAAAGGAGUGCAAGCUCUUCCAAAAUUACAGUCGUUUUUAUAGCAAAACGGAACGGAAGUUUAAUGAAAACGGAGGAAUUGCGAAAUGAGAUUGCAAAAUAUACUGUCCCUGACAUCAACCAUGUGAUGGCACCCUAUGUAAUUUCUACAGAAACACAAGCCAGCCCAGAACAAGCUGUUCAAGAAUCAACAUUUAAAUCAUGGAUAAAUGGAAACUGGCAGAUUGUUGUGUUUGCUGCAGCCGGCUUUCUCAUCAUUAUACUCGUUACUGUACUAAUUAUACUGAAGUUCAGAAGGCGGAGAAAAGAAAAGAAUGUUAACCCAGUGGUUCGUGUUGAGAGUGUCAAAUUCAUAAACCCUGUGAGUUCCUACUUCGAAGGUGCCGAAUACAAUGGAGGAAAACCAAAUAUGUUUCCGACAGAUACGCUAUUAACUGACGUCAUAGAUCUCAACGCUGAUGAUCCUGCUUGGGAUAGACCCGAGAUGGAAAUGUCAACGUUCAAACAACAGUAACGUGUUAACUUUCCAUUUAACACAUUUUUAUACUUUGUUUCAUAGUGGAUAUUUUCAUGAUUUAUCAAAUCCCCAUAUUUUAAUGAUAUUGAGCUUUUUGAAAACUCUUGACAAACAACAGUAAUGUGUUAACUUUCUAUUUAACACGUUUUUAUACUUUGUUUCAUAGUGCAUAUUUUCAUGAUGUUGAGCUUUUUGAAAACUCUUGACAAACAACAGUAACGUGUUAACCUUCCAUUUAACACGUUCUUAUACUUUGUUUCAUAGUGGAUAUUUUCAUGAUUUAUCAAAUCCCCAUAUUUUAAUGAUGUUGAGCUUUUUGAAAACUCUUUCUGGAGCCAUGUGUUUUGGAUCCAUUAAGCAAUUUGUGCUAAUCUACGCCCAUAGGGAUGUGCCUAGACAUAACUACUUGCCAUUCAAUCUCCGUCUUAACGGCUGCAAAAUUUGAUCAUAAAUAAUUGUAUAUUUGUAUAUAUUAUUAAGUUAUUAUGUAAUUGUUGAAAUAGAAUACGUAUAAAAUGACCUUAAGAGUGAUGCUAAUCCACAGGAGUAGUGUUGAUUAUUUUGUCGUAUCAACGACACAUCAGCAACUGAGACAGGAAUUAGGCAGGCAAGGUCUUAUAUACUGUGCUAAUAAGCUAACAGGUGCCGUAAAAGUAUUUAGGGAGGAAAAAAGAAAAAAAAUAAAUAAAAAUUUCAGGCAAUUUUUUUUUUUCUAAAUACUUUUUCAAUUUUUGUAAGUUGUGUAAUGUUUUGGCAUAUUUCUUCGUUUGUUGUUGUCAUCAUUGUAACUAUAAUAACUCAUAAAUGUAAUUACUGUAUUGUAAGUUGUAAAUAACUAAUUAAUUUAUUUAAUUAAAAUAUUAAAAAAUACAUUUAAUGUAUUGGUGCAAAAUAUUUUGUAAUCUUAGUAACCAAUAUUAAACAAUGGGAAUAUCUAUGUAUACAGUUAGGGGUAUACAGUUAGGGGUGGGGUGAAUAUAUGGGUGGGUAUGGGGGUAUGUUAUAGUUGACGCAUCGAUAUUGAUUGCUUAAUACAGGCUGUAACUUUGUUCAUAUGCACACUAAACAUUACUUCCAACGUUAGAGCACCAUCGUUAUGCGUACUGUAUUUAGCUUUACUUAAUAUAGCUCUAUGCAUUUUUCAAUGAAUAAAGAAAUGUGGUAUGCAAAUUUACUUACUACCAUUCUCAAAAUAGGGAGUUGGAUUCGAUGUUUCUGUAAUACUCUACAUGUGGCCAUACAAUGUGCUUUUCGUGAAUACAUGACUCUGUCUGUUUUAUAUCUUGCAUGGACAUUUCGGAUGUACUGUGUAGGUUGUUUUACGUUGAUACGUAUGAAGCCACAUGAUUGGUAGAUGAAUUGAUGACAUUUUGUCACGUGAUGUUCAGACUGUCAGUGAAAUGUGGAGGAUGUACUCUGUAUUGACUUCAAAGACAUUCCACAACAAAACUUCAUUCAUGUAUUUUGGAGCUAUUUUGAUUUUAUAAUUAAUGUAGUACUGUAUAAAAAUAUUUUGGAUUAUCUAAUUUUCUGUCCACACUAGCAAAUUUUAUGUGACAAUUUUUUUGUGAUGUGGCCAUAUAUGGGCUAGAUGGUGACAUAUUACACCCAAAUAUAGGCAUAUCACAUUUAUUUGUCACAAAAAAAUUGACAGUGUGGACAAAGCUUUAACCCAACUGAUCUUGUCACAAGAAGGGCCUCCCACCGUGCGUGCUUUUUUCUAUCAUUAAAUGAUUUUGUGUGUA